AUGGUAUUUCUCACUCGUUCACUCUGCCGCAUCGCUUCCCAAUCAAUUGCCCGCCCUUCUCUUGCAGCAGCUGCAUCGCGUGCAUCCCUUUUUACAGCUUCCGCUGCGAGAACAAGCCCGCUUUCGCGUCGAGCUUCCUUGGGUCACAGCAACCUGCACCUGCACAACAACAUUGGACAUAUCAGAACGCUGACGGGAAAACGUGAAAAGGUCAAGGUUCUUCUUGUAUUAUACGAUGGCGGCAAACACGCCGAAGAGGUCCCAGAACUUCUAGGCACAACAGAGAAUGAGUUGGGUAUCCGUAAAUGGCUCGAGGAUCAAGGACACACUCUUGUCACUACCUCUGACAAGGAGGGUGAGAACUCCAAGUUCGACCAGGAGCUCGUAGAUGCCGAGAUCAUCAUCACCACUCCCUUCCACCCCGGCUACCUCACCGCCGAACGUCUCGCAAAGGCCAAGAAGCUCAAGAUCGCCAUCACAGCCGGUAUUGGCUCUGACCACGUCGACCUCAACGCAGCCAACACCACCAAUGGCGGAAUCACAGUAGCCGAAGUAACAGGCUCCAACGUCGUGUCCGUGGCCGAGCACGUCGUCAUGACAAUCCUCGUACUCGUCCGUAACUUCGUGCCAGCCCACGAACAGAUCCAAGCAGGCGAGUGGGAUGUCGCUGGCGCAGCCAAGAACGAGUUCGAUCUCGAGGGCAAGGUCGUCGGUACCGUUGCUGUCGGUCGUAUCGGUGAGCGAGUCUUGAGACGUCUCAAGCCGUUCGACUGCAAGGAGUUGCUAUACUUUGAUUACCAGCCCCUAAAGCCUGAGAUCGAGAAGGAGAUUGGAUGCCGAAGAGUGGAGAAUCUCGAGGAGAUGUUGGCGCAGUGUGAUGUGGUUACCAUCAACUGUCCUCUGCACGAGAAGACUCGCGGUCUCUUCAACAAGGAGUUGAUCUCCAAGAUGAAGCCCGGCUCCUGGUUAGUAAACACGGCCCGAGGCGCCAUCGUCGUCAAGGAAGACGUAGCCGCCGCUCUCAAAUCUGGCCACCUCCGCGGCUACGGCGGAGACGUGUGGUUCCCUCAACCAGCACCAAAAGACCACCCUCUGCGCUAUGCGAAAAACCCCUUCGGUGGUGGCAACGCCAUGGUGCCCCACAUGUCGGGCACGUCCCUCGAUGCGCAGAAGCGGUACGCUGAUGGCACCAAGGCGAUCCUGCAGAGCUACCUGAGCGGCAAGCAUGAUUACCGGCCCCAGGAUCUGAUUGUGAAGGAUGGGGAUUAUGCGACUAAGGCGUAUGGACAGAGGGCGAAGGAUAGCGGGUCGGCUGGUGCGAAUAAGGCUUAG